AUGCAAUCUCACCCAGGCCAAGCGUUCGAAACUGUCGCUCAGGCGCAAAGGAAAGAAUCCGCCGAGGAAUCUCUUCCCACCAAAUCUCACCCUUUGCAUGGAAACACUGCAGGUUCCGGCGAUGCAGAGUGGCUGCUUUUUAAUCUUCUUAGCCUAGAUGGGGGUGGUAUUCGCGGCUAUUGGAGCCUUUUGGCUCUUGAAACGCUUAUCGAUUACAUAGGCGAUGAAGAGGAGAAGGAGGGAAUUUAUCACAGCUUUCAUCCAGAGAAUUGGCCUGAAAAUGUUUAUCAAGCUCCUCUGACAGAAGAGGAGGAACACCGGGUCAAGGAGGCCUAUGAUCCGGAACUAAAACUACGCAAGCUGCCUCGCACUCGAAGAUAUCUCCCUUGUCAUUAUUUCGAUUACAUCUGCGGCUCAAGUACCGGAGCACUCAUUGCAAUCAUGUUAGGACGAUUUCGGAUGACUGUUCCAGACUGCCUCUUCGAAUACCGAAGGCUAGGGCACGAAGUCUUUGGGAAGCCUCGUAUGAUCUCUACGCUACGAUUUGGGUUAGGCGUUAGGCAAAAGUACAAAGCUGCGAGAUUGGAGAAAGUAUUCAAAGAUGUUACCAUAAGGCGUAACGAACAGCCAGGGCCUAGUGAGACGGGGAAGAUCACGUUUCCAUCCGGCCGAGGCUUAUGUGCUACAUGUGUCACCACUAUGAAAAGCGAAGCGGACGGGCGGUCAUCAAGGCUGUAUCUGAUUCGCUCUUACGACCAUGAUAAACAAGAUUCGCCAGAUCAUUCUAGAGGACCAACUCCUAGAACGACCAUGCGCUCAGGCCGAACGAACACAGAUAUCUCUACUAAUACCAACGCAAUACAGAGAAGGCGAGAGCAAAAGAAAAGCCUAAUUCAUAUCAAUUACGAGAAGGCUCAACAACUCGAGGUCUGGCAAGUGGCUCGAGCUGCCACCGCGGCAAAGUUUUACUUCGAGCCAUUGAAGAUUGAAAAUGCCCGAAGUGGGGGAUUUACGGAGUUCACAGACGGAGGUUUUGGUCAAGCUAACAACCCUACACGGACAGGAAAGCAGGAAAUCGAAGAUCUCCACGGAUACACUUCCAUUGGUAUCGUUGUCAGCGUAGGAACGGCGCGCAAGCUGAAGGAAGAUGCGAAGAAGGCAACAUUCUUCUCUACAAUCCCAGAUUCAGCUAGAGAGUUUGCUGAUACGGCAACUGAUCCUGAAAUAAUCCACAACGAAAUGCAACGCGAGCAUGCCAAUCAUAACGAAUUUCCAUACUAUCGACUGAACCACCCAGGAGGUCUACAAACCGAACUUGACGAGUGGGAGCCGAAACGUAAGAUGUACAACAAGAAGGACGAUGGGGCAAAGACCAUCGCCGACAUGGAGAGUGCUUUCGCUAAAUGGGCGGCAAAGCGUGAUAGCAUCCGGCAGCUCCAGGAGUGCGCCGAUGCUCUUGUUGCCCGUAGAAGAGAACGCAUGACUACCGGCAAAUGGGAGCGAUAUGCCACAGGUUCGCACUUUGAGUGUCGAGUCAGAGGCUGCGACCCCGGGGACUUUUUCGAUCGCCACCAAUUCAUGACUCAUCUCAGCGAUAAUCACCUUUUCGAAGGCGAUGAGUUGAAGGAUGAACGUGGCGUUAAGAUGACAGAGAGGCGUUGGCCAAAGACGUGGGCGAAUAGGAUACGGCAAGGUUUCAAGCAUCUCCCCCUUGCGGUCCUCAAAUUCCUCGUCAAUCUCGGAACUUUACCUUAUUAUCGCAUGUUCCAAUUCAAUACGUACCAACCUAUCAUCCUCAUUGCUGCUUACACCUCAUCACCUGGGAAAUUGCAUAAAGUACUCUAUCAUCUGGAUCGCUGGCGGACCCGCAAGCUCUCUGAAUUGCAGUUCAUCUCCAUUGGUAGUGCCAUUCUAGCUGCCGCCACCAUCGGCUCCUUCUCCUGGAGCGCUAUUGUCGACGCAUAUUGGCUAGCCUCCGCAUUUUGGUAUUCGAGUCUGAUCCUCUCAAUCCUGGGCAUAUUGCUUGCGGCGCAACAGGUUGCAGUGCUACAGCUUCUGGGGAAACCGCCAACACGAGUACAUGGGGGAUGUUCGGAGAAAGCGGGUGUGCGUCGCUUUCUGCCCCUGAUACUUACCGAGGUGCGACCGCGUGGGUCGCGCACAGACGCUGUAUGUGACAGCGAUUCGGUCGGAGAAUGGAGACCAAGAUGGAAAAUGGUCUUCAUAUGGCAGUGCCCAACCAUGUUCUUGUCCUACUCCGUCUGCUUCUUCCUGGCUGGGUUGACGCUCUUUGUUUGUACGCCGCUUAUAAGGGGAGAUAAGUGGAACACAGCUUCUGAUAUCGCGGUGGUUUACUUGGCGACUGGAGCCUUCGCUGGUCCGAUUUUCGUGUUUGCGUCGUUUUGGAUUUAUCAUUAUGUGGAUCUCGACCACGAGUCUCGAGAUAUCCCCGAGACGGAGACUGACGCUGAGAUGCUGAGGGAAUAUGACCGUUUGCACUUCUGA